AUGCCGGGCGCUGGCCUGCACGCCGUCAAUGGGCCGCCCGACACUGUGGUGGUCGCCGGCUCGGCUCAGCUGGACGUUCGCCAGGAGGGCACCAUCAUAGCCGCCACCGAGCCGACGAGCACGGCCGUGCGCGUCCAGCUGCCCCCGCGGUUCUGCGGCCUGCGCGUGUCCACCGCCGGCGGCACCAUAGAGCUGGUCGGCCAGCUGAACGAGGCGUCCCUCGAGGCGCGCUCCGCGGGCGGCGCGAUUGCCCUGCAGCGCGCGCGCACGACCGACGCGGCGCUGCACUCGGGCGGCGGCGCGGUGAGCGGCGGCGAGCUCUCGGCGUCGCGCGCGGUGGUGCGCAGCGGGGGCGGCGCUGUGGCGCUGAAGCGUCUGUUUGGGCUGGAUAUUGAGGUGAGCAGCGUGGCAGAGGGCGGCGGGAGCGACCCUGGUGGAGCCCGGCGGCGGCGGCGAUCAGAGAGCGUCUACGCCAGCGUUGGCGCAAGCUCCAGUGACGCCUCAACUUCCAGCGGCAGCAGCAGCAGCGGCAGCAGCAGCAGCGGCAGCAUUGGCAACGACAGCGGCGCCAUCUGCACCAGCAGCGGCGGCGACAGUGCGACCGUGAGCGGUGGGGACAUUGAGCUGGGCGCGGCGUACGGCGAACGUGCAUCCUUCCACACCGGCGGCGGCGGUUUCAAGGUGGCGCACAUGUCGUGCUCUGGGCUGGUGGCCGUCGACACCUCCGGCGGCGGCAUUCACAUCGAAGGGCUGGAGGGCAACGCCAGCCUGUUGUCUGGGGGCGGCCUCGUGCAGGUCCACCUUCACGAGCGGUUUGGCAGCUGCUUCAUUGACUCUGCGGGCGGCAACAUCGAGGUCCUGAUCAGCCCCGCGGCGGCCGUGGCCAGCCUGCAGGUGCAGGCGGACGGCGGCAUUGCAAUCGACCCGGCGCUCAGGGUCUCAGGAGAGUUGGGGCCUUCAUCCUGUGUCGGGACGAUCGGCGGCGGAGGUGGCAGCGGCGCGGCCGCGGCGGCGGCGGCGUUCGCGGGCGCUGCCCCCGCAGAGGCGCACGCGGCGGCCUCUGCGCACGUGGCGAGCGCGCGGCGAGCCGGCAGCUUGGGUUUUAGCACGGAGGUGGCGGUGCAGGCGCAGGUGGCAGGCGACCCCAACGGCGGCGGUGGCGGCGUUCCUGGGGCCGUUUGGAACGCGAGCAGGCUGUCUCGGGGGAUGGACGCGAGCGGCGGAAUCACGCAUGGCGGCGGGAGCAAGCUGGUCGUAAACGCGGGCGCGGGGCGCGCGACGCUACGCGCGCUUUCGUGGGUUGAGGCCGUCGCCCGCAAAGCAGCGCAAACCAUGGCCUCUGACGACGCUGCGGCCCAUGCCGCGGUCUCGACCCUUGCAGGGGCCGACACCGCCGCUGAGGCACCGACUGCAGCCCCCGUAGCCUUGCGUGAGGAUCAAAUCGCCUCUGCCGUCGCCUUCUUGAGCCACGAGAAAGUCCGCGCGAGCCCGGUUGCAACAAAGCGCUCGUUUCUGGAGCGCAAGGGCCUGACUGCAGCAGAGAUAGACGAGGCGUUCAAGCGCGCGCCCCAACAGGAGAGCGGCGCGCCGCUGCCUGCUGUUGCCGCCGUUGCCGCCGCUCCCGCGCCAGUCGCGGCGGCCACCCCAACCUAUGGCGCCAACAACCUUGUUACGUACACGCCGGGCCAGCCGCAACCGCAUUACCAGCAGCAGCAGCAGUAUGGCGCAGCACCGCCGCACCAGCUCGUGGCCAUGCAGCCGGGCACGCUGGCGCCGCCCCACCCGCCGCAGCCGCAGCCGGUGCGCUGGACGCAGGUCCUCCUCGGUCUAGGCAUCGUCACCGGCGCCGCCUACGCGGCCGCCCACUAUGUUGCGCCCCUGGUCGGCUCGUGGUACCGCUCCCUGGCAGAGUCCAGGGACAGGGAGCGCAGGGAGGCCGCGGAGCGCGACGCCGCCCUGGCAGCCGCCCUCGAGGGCAUGGCAGCUUCUCAAAAGCAGCUGGCGCGCGCGGUCGAGGGGCUGUCUGCUGCGGUCGCGGACGGGCGGCAGGAGCGCGGCGGCGGGCUCGAGGGCGGCGGCGGGAGCGGGAAGGGCGCGGGGGGCGGGCACGCGUCGCCGGGGCGCUGGCGGCGCGAGGGCGGCGCGCGGGGCGGCGGCGGCGGCGGCGGUGGUGGCGGAUACCCAUCAUACAGUGCAGAGGAUGGCUACAGCCCCGCGCCCCCGCCGCGCUACGGCGCGCCGCGCUACGGCCGCGCUGGCGGGGAGCCGUCCGCGUACGCCGACGACCCUCGCAGCGUCGACGCCGCUGAUGAGCCCGGCCGCAGCGGCGCGCCGGAGACCUCGUUCGACUGGCCCCGCCACCAGGCGGCGCCCUACGGCGCGCGCGACAGGGAGCAGCAGCGGUUUGGCGGCGGCUACGGCCCGGCGUCGCCGUCGGGGUCGGCGUCCGCGUCCGCCGCGGCGCCGGGCGACUCUCGCACACCUGGCGGCGGCAGCGGCGGCGACGCGGACGGCGCGAGCUACGUGCGCGGCGGCGGUUACGGCGGUUACGGGCGUGGCGCGCUGCCGGCCUACUCCGCCGCGGCGUCCAACGGCGUUGCGGCCUCCUACAGCGCCGCGCAGCCCGCGCCGCGCCCCCCGGCGCCGCCGGCGCAGCCGGCCGCGGCGCCUGCCGGGCGCGACGACGCGCCUCACAGCCAGGCCUUCAUGAGCGUGAUGGAGAUGGUCGCCCGUGGCGAGACGCCGCCCAACCAGGCCGCGCCAGCGGCGCGCUCGUACGACUACGGGGUACAGGACGGCCGCGACGCGCCCUGGCGGCCGCCCCCGCCCCCCGCCCCAACGGUCAGCUAUGCGCCCGCGGCCGCGGCUACGCCGGCGGCCGCGCCCACGCCGACGGCGGCCGCGGACGAGGCCGCCGCUGCGCAGCAGGCCGCGUCCAGGGUGGCGGCGGCGGCAGUGCAGGCGGUUGUCGCGGCAGAGGCGGGUGUGGCGGAGGAGGCUGCGGCUGUGGCUGCUGCGGGCGGCGAGUGA